AUGAUGACUGAUAAUAGCGAAAUACAAAAUGAAAUGUCUGUUGGUUGUAGUAAUUCAGGCGAUAAUCAUUGGCAAUUAGAUGGAAAUGCUAAUGGUAUACGUAUAGAAAAGUUAGAUUUUAAAAUUGGUGAAUUAAGUGCAGAAUUAAUGGAUGAGAAAAGAAAAAAUAGAAGAGCAUAUGAUUAUUUAUGUAGAUUAAGUGAAGUAAGAACGUGGAUUGGUGAAAUACUACAUGAGGAAGAUAUUCCGGCUCCAAUAGAUCUCGAAGCAAAUCUUUCAAAUGGUGUUCUACUUGCUAGAAUCGGUAACAAAAUUUCUCAUACAGAAGUUCCUUUGUCAAAGAUUUACGACAUUGAUCAAUCGAAAUAUGUAAAAGAUGGGUUGCAAUAUAGACAUACUGAUAAUAUAAUGUUAUGGAGACAUGCUUUGACUUAUGCUAAAUUUCCAGAAAUUAUAAUUCCUGAAACGGUUGAUGUUUAUCAAGGGAAAAAUUGGGGAACAAUUUAUUGUCUUUACACAUUAGCAGUUUAUCUAUUUAGAUUGAGGAAAGGCCCACCAAUUAAAAAUCAGAGUGGUAAUGUUGAAUUUAGGCAAUGUGAUAUUGAUAAAAUGAAAGAAAGAUUAGAAGAUAUGAAUAUUCCUUCUUUCAAUGAUGUGGAUGAUAUAUUAAACAAUAGAUUUGAAACUGAUGGUAAAGAAAGAGCAAAAAUUGUUCUUAUGAUUAAUCAAUUGAUAGAAGAAAGUGAAGAAAGUAAAGUUGAAGAGUUAAUCAGUUUAUUGACUAAUACUGAUGGUGAUUUUCUAUUCAUCAAAGAAGAAUAUGGUACAGGUUACUGGAAUUCAUUAUUAACAGCAAAAAAAACUGAAGAAGGUAUUUUAAGUCAUGAUAAGAUUCAAUUUAUUAUUAAUAAUGUUAAUGAUAGUGAAAACUUACAUAACUUAAAUACUUAUUUACUUGGUGAUUGUGAUUUUAAUAAUUUAAAGACAAUUCUUUAUGAACUUUGUGGUGAGAAAGUUACUGAAAGCGUUACUGAACUUUAUGAUACAUUACUUAGAGAAAAGCGAUUAGAGAAAGGAGAUAAUUUAAAUUUAGAAGAAGUUUUGGAAAUUAUUUAUAUUUGUAAUUCGUGUAUGAAAGUUAAAUUAUGUGUAAUUCAGGGAUCUGUGGAUGAUGUUUAUGAUGCUUUAGGGGAUAAAUAUUUACAGCUUAAUAAUAUUAUUUAUAGUAACAUGAAAGAUAUAUAUUAUAUUGGUCUAACCAAUGAGGUAAACAAUAGAGAAUGGAUUAUGAGUCAAAAUGAAUUAAAAACAUUUAUUAUAAAAAUGAACAAUCUUUCAAAUAAGGAUUUAAAAGCUAUGGAGUUUAUUGAAAAAUUAAAAAAUAAUGAGCAUAGUGAUAAUUUAGAAAUAAUAUUUAAAAGUUUAGAAAUUGAAAAUGCUCUGGUUGAAUUUUUACCAUUAUAUUUUUCAACGAUUGCAAAUGAAAGUUCAGUAAGAUUUCUAAAUUACGAUGACAUUGUACUUCUUGUUAAUAAAGUUAAUUUAACAAUUAAUGAAGUAAAAGUAAAAAGUCGUGAGGUAUGGCUUAUUAAUUCUGCUUUAAGAAAUGAAGAACCGUACAAUUUAAUUGAAGCUUUGAAAUCUACUCAUUGGUAUGAUGAUGGAAUAAUAAGAGAUCAUGUUUUACAUUGGUAUCCAGCAACAUUUGACAAAGUAAUAUUCGAAAAAGGAAUAGAUAAAAAUAAAGAGUUAAAAUGGAUAAAUUACAAAACUGAUAUUGGCAAUUUUUAUAUAAACGAUAGUGAUUUUUCACUAGGACCUCAGGAGGUUUUUGAAGGAGAUUUUCUAACUGAAUUAGAUAUAGAAGAAAUAAUUGAAGCAACAAAUAAUGGUUUUGAUGAUUAUUAUAAGAUAAAUGAAGAUAGCAUUAUUAAAGGCCAAAAAGUUAUUAGAAAACAUUUAGAAAAUAAAGCCAACAUUAAGGACCUUGAAGAAAAGACAAAAGCAGCUAAGAUUAUACAAGAUAAUUUUAGAAGAUAUCGUAGAAAACAAAAUCUUGACACUUUAUAUAAUUGCGCUGAUCCACCAUUAUCUUUGGUUAGAAAAUUUAUUGAUCUUCUUCAAAAUACAGAUUUAGAUUAUGAGGAAGAACUUACUUUUGAAAGAACAAAAAGUCAAGUUACUAGGCUAAUAACUAAUAACAGAAAUAUGGAUUUAGAUCUUGAUGAGUUGGAUCAUAAAAUUGGACUUCUUGUUAGACAUAGAAUUAGUUUAGAAGAAGUACUUGCUCAUAAGAAUAAGGUUGCUAACAAAAUUUCAACAUAUUGUAAUGCACAAGAAUCUACAAAAAGAAAAGAAAAAAUUCAAUUAAUUGCUUUGGAACAACUAUUAUUCCAUCUUCAAACAGAACCACAAUAUUUGAGCAAUCUUUAUUAUGUAUGUCAUGAUGAAAAUUUAUAUGAAAAAGCAUUGUUACCUUUGUAUAAUUUUGUUUCUGAAAAAAGAGAAGAAUUUUUGUUUGUCAGUUUAUGCAGAGAAAUUCUUAAAAAAUACAUAGAUUCUACAAAUGAUCCAAAAAAAUUUGUUAAUGUAAAUGAUCAAAGUGGAAAUAAACUAGCAAAAUUUUUGCGUGAAUUUUUUCAAACAUUGCCUUCAUAUGAUCUUUUAGGAAUUUCAAUUAAGGAUACCCACGCCUCAUACCAAUCUGGAGAUCAUUCGAUGAGAAUCAACUUAAAUCUUUCUUCUAUGUUUGAAGAAAAGCACCAAAGAUCUCCAACUGAUGUUUAUGAAGUUUUAACAGAUAAUGAUAUUGUAAAAGUUUUAGAUGAAUCUAAAAAUUUUAUUAUUCAUUGGUCUAAAGUUUUUGCCUCUCAAUUAUUGAAUAAUUUAAAUCUUCCAAAAAGUAUAAAAUAUCUUAUGAAAGUUACACAAGUUGAGUUAAGAAAUAAAUUUCCAAAUUUAAGUACAAACAAAAUUACAGCUAUGGUAUCUUUCUUUUUAUGGAAAUGUUAUUUUGAACCAACUUUAGUUGAAGGUAAAAUUUUUAAAAGAGAAAGUGGAUUAACUUUUAGUGAUGAUCAAAAUGAAAGAUUAAAUAUGAUAGCUAAAUUAAUUGGUUAUGCCUCACUGGGUAAAAGUUAUGGUACUCAAGAACCACAUUUAGUUUCUUUAAAUGAAACUAUAAUGGAAAUACAUAAAAAAUUUUUAGAUCUAGUAAAUGAUUCACUAGAAAAUAUAAAUUUGGACCAUAUUUACGAGGCAAAUCAAUGUUCUUCAAUUGCACCAACUCAAAAACCAACUCUUUACAUAGCAUUAAAUAAUUUGAAAUAUCUCGUUAGUUUAUUAGAUAAAAAUAAGGAACAUGUUUUUGGUACAUCUGGAAAUAGAUUGAAAAAAUUAUUUGAAACAAUUGAUAUGAUAUAUGAUGAAGAGAAAUUUGGUGAUCAUUUAACAUUAACUCUUAUGGCAAUGCCACCAGAAGAAGUAUCUCCUUCAAUUGAUUUAAAAGAAUUGUUUGUUCAAACAAAAAGAUAUUUUGUAGAUCUUUUAUUGUGUGGAGUUUAUGGUGACACAGUUUCUGAAGUACUAGAAACAGAAAUAAACGAUAAACAUGAGGAAGUUUAUAGAGAAUUAAUUAAUAAUUCAGAUGAUGCUUUUCCAUCAUUAGAAGCAAAAAAACAAAAAAUUUGUGAAAAUUUAGUUUCAUUAUCUAAUGUUGGUAUGGUUUCACGUAAAAACAAUUAUCAAGAAUUGAUUAAUCAAAUUGCUAGUGAAAUUAUUAGACAAGGAGAGUAUCGACAAAAUCGUGCUAAACAAAUUGGCCAUUUCCAAGAAACAAUAAAACGUUUAGAAGACAAAAAAAAGGAUUAUGAAGAUCGUUUAGAAAAGUAUAAACUUUUCUUAGAUUCAUGUUUAGAAAAUAUGAAGAGAAAUAGUUUGAAACCAAGGAUUAAGUCAGAAUCUCAAAGGGCAUCAAAACUUUUAACUGAUAGAGAAAAAUUAUUAAAUCCAAAAAGUGUUAAAUUAAAUGGUGAAAAAUUGAUAAGAAAAGAAAUUUUAAAGAGUAAAACUUUGAGCAAUAAAGAAUUAUCAAAAAUUAAUUUUGAAAUUAAUUUUACUGGUAAAAUAGAUGAAUUUGAGAUUGUUGUUAAAAAACCUAAAAUGGAUUCAAUUAUGGUAUAUCUUAAUUUCCAAGAAUUAUUAGAACAUGAAUUUAAUCAAAUAAUUUCUAUUCCUAUAAUAGAUGAUAUUUCUUUUAAUGUUGGUCCCUUGAUUGGUUACCUUAACAAAAAAUUUUAUGCUAAAUAA